CAAAGAGACUUCAAAGGGUAAAGCGUAGUUUUCUGAGGGAAUUAACAAAGAAAGAGAGGACUAUGUCAACUUGACAUUCCCCACUUCACAUUUGUCCAUUUUUCCAACUAACUCUCAAACUCAUUGUCUUGUCUCUCCUUGCAUGCAACACAAAACAUUCUUCUUCUUCCACCUUUCUUUUGGCCUCAAAAUUACUCCAUAAAGGUAGCAUUCUUUCAUUUGUAGGAGCCCUUUGAGAGGGCGCGCACCUGCAAGUGCGCGCACCAGAAAAAAGUUAAAAAAAAGAAAAAGAAAAUUAAUUAAAGCCAACUCUCUCUCUUCGAUCUCUAUGCAAUCAUGGCACAAACUACACAAAAAAACUACAAAAAUAAAAACAAAAACAAUAAACAUGUCCUCCUUCUUUUUAUUAUGUCUACAUUAGCAUUUGUGACAAUACCAUCAGAGGGAAAAUUAUCAGAGACUGAUGUUCUACUCAAGUUUCGUCAAUCUUUGAAGUUCGAUGGUGAUCCGUUUUCAUCAUGGAAUACAAGUACACCACCUUGCAAAGAUGAGAACAAUGUACCUAAUUGGAAGAAUAUUUUUUGCGAACAUGGAAAGAUUAUGGGUUUGAAUCUUGAAAAUCUUGGCCUAAGUGGUACUAUUGAUUUGGACAUACUUAAAGACUUGACAAAUUUGAGAAGCAUAAGUGUGGGAGAUAAUAAAUUUGAAGGAUCUUUGCCAACUUUAAAUAAACUCCCUUUAUUAAAGAGUGCUUAUUUCUCAAAAAACAAGUUCUCUGGGCCAAUUGAUGGCAAGAUCUUUGAAGGGAUGAAUAAUUUAAAGAAACUUGACCUAUCAGAUAAUCAAUUUACAGGACAACUCCCUCCCAUAAUCGGUGAAUUGCCAAAACUCAAGGACUUGAAUAUUAGAAACAAUAAGUUUGAGGGUCCAAUUCCUCCUUCCUAUUCAAAACUAACUUUUCCUUCUUUUUAUGGCAAUGAUGGUCUUUGUGGCCCACCUUUAUCAAAAUCAUGCAGUGAGGAGGAACAAAAAAAACAAGAAUCAUCAUCAUCACCAUCAUCAUCAUCAUCUUCAUCAUCUAGUUGGAAGAUUGCCCUUAUUGUGGUUGUGGUAAUUGUUGUGAUAGGUAUUGUUGUGUUUAUACUCAUAAACCGUCGCAAGAAAAAUCCACAACAAGAAGUAGUAUUAGGAGGAUCAUCAAGUGGCUCACCAACCACUCAAGACCAAAAACUAAUCCCUUCAUCUCAUGAUCAUCUAAACAAAAUGGAACAAGGCCAAGUUGCUGCAUUAUCAUCUCCUGAUCGUUCUAGUGAUGUCAAGAGAGCUGAAGUUGCAGGACAAAAGCUUCUCUUCUUGAAAGAUGACAUUGAGAAAUUUGACUUGCCUGAUUUGUUGAAAGCCUCUGCUGAAGUUUUGGGAAGUGGGGUAUUUGGUUCAACUUACAAAGCUGCACUUAGCACUGGUCCUAUCAUGGUUGUUAAGAGGUUUAGACAUAUGAACAAAAUUGGCAAGGAAGACUUCCAUGAACAUAUGAGAAGGCUUGGAAGAUUGAGUCAUAAGAACUUGCUUCCUGUUUUGGCUUUCUAUUAUAGAAAGGAAGAGAAACUUCUGGUCUUUGAGUAUGUCAACAAUGUCAGCCUUGCAGUUUAUCUUCAUGGUAAUAGCAAAUCACGUGGGAACCAAAUUCUAGAUUGGCCAACUCGUUUGAAAAUUGUCAAAGGAGUAAGCAAAGGAAUUUUGUACCUCUAUAAUGAGCUACCAAGCUUGACAGCACCUCAUGGUCACCUCAAGUCUUCAAAUGUGCUUCUAACAGAAACCUUUGAACCAGUUCUCACAGACUAUGCUUUACUACCAGUGGUAAAUAUAGAACAUGCUCAUGAACACAUGAUCUCAUACAAAGCACCAGAGUUGAAACAAUCAGGGAAAAUCAACAGGAAAGCUGAUGUUUGGACACUUGGUAUGUUAAUCCUAGAGAUCUUGACUGGAAAAUUCCCUUCCAAUCUUUUAGGUAAGGGAACUCAAGACACUGAUGAUUUAGCAUUUUGGGUUAACUCUAUUCUUGGAGAGGACUCAUCAGAAGAAAAAGAGGUGUUUGAUAAAGAGAUGAAAGGAACAAAAGACUGUGAGAGUGAAAUGAUGAAGCUUUUGAAGAUUGGACUAAGUUGUUGUGAGGUUGAUGUGGAGAAGAGAUGGGAUAUAAAAGAAGCAGUAGAGAGGAUUGAUGAAGUAAAAGAGAAAGGUGAUUUCUGCUCUACUGUUGUUGCUGCUGCUGCAACUACUGAAGCUGACAAUAUGCAUACUUCAAGAUAAGAUUCAAAAUAUUUCAAUUGUUUAGGGUUUUUUGAUCAACUCAUCAUAACAUGGGAAGUUUUGAUUUUCUUGGAUGCAUAUUGCAUGACUAUUUGGGUGUAUGAUUUUUUUUUUGGUCAUGGUGGAGGAUCAAUUGAACCACCAUGUGGGGUUACUACAAAAAAAAGAACAAAAAGAAAAACAAGAAAAAUAAGAGAUAGAAAAUGAAGUUACU